AUGGCGAACCCGACCGAAGCAGGAACGGCGUCCACGUCCGCGCAGCUGAGCGCCCCAGCAAGUGCCUUAGCUUCUCCCAAAGCAUCCGAUGAUCAAGCCAAGACAAAGGCGCAUCGGCCUGCUCACUCUGUUUCCUCCGCCAUGCAGCAGGAGCCUCACAAUAUUGCAGACAAGGCGAAGUGGACACCUCCGCAUCAAGCGAUUACUAUUGAGACUCUUGUUGAGGCGAAAUCAAGCGGAAAUGAUCCAAUUUCUGCUGCUUCCGCCCAUACAAAAGCCUCAGUGAUGAACCCAUUGCUUCAAGCGCAGAAAGAGUCGAACCGACUGCACAUCUCGCUGGCGCAGCAGCAAGUUCAACUGUACCCUACUAUGGCAAAAAGGGCGGGGGCGACGACGACGCCUAGUACUAUUGGAAAUAAUACUAGCAAUAGUAGUAGCAUUGCUAUGACUGACAGGAUCUUUUCGUCUACGGUUACUGCUACGAAUACCAUUACUACAGCGCCAGCGACAAUUGCUGGUUCAAGUACUAGGAGCACUGUGGGCAUCGCCGGAACGAAGGGGGAUGAUCUUCAGAAGCUCCAACAGACGCAGCUUGCAACGUCACAGCAGAUUGCUCAACAGUCAGCGAUGGUGACAGGAGACAAGUGGUUACAAAGUAAACUGGAGCUGGAACAGGAACGCGCGCAACAAAGACAGCGGCAGAAGCAACAUCGUCAAGGGAGCAAUGGAAAUAGCGUGACAAGAAAGGUCUUGUCUACGUCGAUUGCCGACUCAUUGUUGGUGCAGCAGCAGCACGUGAUUCAACAACAGCAGAUGCUUCGUGAUGUGUUGCAGAAACAACAGCAACAUCAACAAGCUCAGCUCCAGCUGCAGAUGAAAUGGAGGCAAGGUGUCAGCAAGGGUGGGACACAAAGUGCACAACCAGCAGCAUCGUCAACAGCAACAACGGCAGCCUCAAAUACAGUACUUACUGCUGCACCAACUUGUUUCUCGGUGAAGAAGAAAGUGGUGAAAGAUACGAUUGGAAUGGAUUUGGAAGCACUGGCGAGAGUCUGUAUCCGCGUGGCAAAUGCAAGAACCGAGAGCGAAAUGCGUCCAGCGCUCGAGAAAAUGACGUCAUGGCUGCAUCGAUGCACAGAGCUUCCACUACUGCAACUUGCGCAGCGAGAAUAUAAUGACUCAAUGGCCCUCCGCCGGCCAACGCUGGUCCAGCAAAACCGGUGGCCGCUGGAUCUCCAAGUCAAAUCCGAGUAUAUCACGCACAAAAUCGUACAAUUGUUGGGAGUGCUUAUGCUGCGAGAAAAGAACCAAGCUGCUCAGCAGCAGCGUGCUACUGCUCUAAGAGCUGCCGCAGCUGUCAAGUCUACCGUUGCUGCUCCCGCGAGUUCCGCUACUACUACAGCUGACGGUGUCGUCACUUCCCGUCCUGCUGCAGCUUACGCUGGUGCCACUGCCACUGCUCUUACGGUGUUUCCUCGUGCUGCAAUCACGACCACAUCUGCAAGUCGUAUGGUCGCUUCCGAUAACACUUCUUUCACCACGGCUUCCAGUAGUGCCGUUGCUACUAGUUCCACUCGUGCUGCUGUCGCUCUAAAGCCAGUGACACUAACACAGACACGAGUUGAAAUGGCUUCGUCGUCAUGCUCGAUGACACCUGAUCAAUCCGCCAGGGCUCCUGUAAAACGGGACAUGGCAUGGAUCGAGCGGGCAUAUGCCGACUUGAAAGACCAGUUGCAAGCCAAACAAGUCGAGAUCAAUCAGAAGGCAAAGGUAAAACGAGACGCAGCAAAAGUGGAUACUACCAAUGUGGUUACCAUUACCAGUAACCGCGAAUUGGCAGCCGCGACAGUGCCAGCGACAUACAAGCGCCCGAUGCAGUGUGGAGUUCCAGAUGCUGCCAAGAAACAAUGCACAGAUGUGCAUGCAGUGUCUUCAAGCUUGAUUGCGGCUGCCCACCGACCUCCGACAACAUCGGUACCUCCAAUUUCGCCUCAACUCGCGCAGCAAUUUUACGAGUUCGAUUCGACUCGCCGAACAAGCUCAGAACCUGAAGACAAGAUGUACAUGCCAUCCAAGAUUGUGUCCAAGAUUAUGCACAAGGCUCUUCCACGUGUGCAAGAAGAAAACGCAGGCGUUGGUGACAUAAUUGUCAAGCGCCAAGAGCAAACAAAAAGCAAAGGUGUAUCAGCGGCCACCUUUGCGUCACACAGGACUCUAGAUCACGAGUCGCGUUUUCAAGAUACUGUCAGUAUCAGUGAUGAGGCUGUGACCUUCAUGCAAGAAUGCGUCACCGAGUUUCUCCUGUACUUUACCAGCGAAUCGCGAGAUCUUUCCGUGAUGCAGAAUCGGAGAACAAAUAAAGGUGUGGGUCUAUCGAUCUCUGGUGCCAAUGUCGUGGAAAGCAUGGCAAAUCUAGGAUUCACGCCUUACGCCCGAGUGUUGGCUGGGUAUAACGAGAAGGUCAAGGCUAGCCAAGAUGCCGCAGCACGGAAGAAGAUGCAGCGAAGGUAUGCCGCUCAGCAGCAAGCACUGCAAAAACAGUCGGUCGCUGCUUCUUCAGCCGUUGCUGUGAAUGCUGCUAAGACGGCAGCAGUAGCAACAGGAAAGAGUGCGGUCCUGCCAUAUCUGUCUGCAAAUGAGCAGUCCAAAUCGGUGACUUCGUUUUCGGGAGUCACCACGGCGAUGUUAUCGCGUCCAAGUUCCAGCGUUUUGACAGUUUCAAGAAGUACGUCGGUGCCGACUGCAGGGACAGGAAUAGUAACUGCACAACCAAUUGUAGCAGCGACAACGACGCUGUCCUCGAAUCCAGCAAUUGAACGACGCCAGCAGCCGCAGCUUCACCAACAAGGAAAAUAA